AGCGAUAUAAAGUUAUUAAAUAUUGAUUUAAAUUUUAGUUGAACACUCCGCAAUGGAAACUGAUAAGGAAAAACAAAGCGAUGAGCUCAUGAAUCGCAUUCGGAACGAGCUUACCGCUAUAUUAUCUCAAGAGGCUGCGGAUGAUUCCGAUAGGGAGGCGUCACAGGAACUGCUCCUGAGUCCCAAUCCGCUGCCCAUUUUCGGGCCCAUAAGGAAAACCAGGACAGCAAAAUCGAGGAAGUCCAAGAAGAACAAUAGUAAGACCUCCUCCUCGUCCGCUGGCAGUACAAAGAGUUCGUCGUCGGGCAACAGAUCAUCUGAAGAUCGUUUAACUGGAGGUGGAGCCGAGGAAAAGGCUUCGGAUCCGGUCUCCACAUCCUCGAGCUUUUCGAUAAGAUCAGGAUAUGACGCACCGCCCAUGGAUGCCAGUGCCCGUGCCGACUUCCUGGAAUCGCACGCGGCCAAAAGCAUCGACGACGAUGUCCGGAAGAUGCAGCUGGAGCUGAAGCAAAGCUACGAGCUCUUCCAGGGCAUUGGCGAGAAAUUGGAGUCGGUUAGCUUCACGGGCUUGAAGGACCGCAUAAGGGACCUGCACUUGAACGAAUCCAACAACGAGUUGGGCAAGGCGACGACUGCAGAGCUGCAGAUGAUGUUCGACCAGCGUUUCCUGCAGAAUCGCCUGGACAAGCUAUCCACGGACGCCACGCAGGGAUUCCGUCGUCAUCCCGGCGAAUUCGGCGACAUUCCCGAGCUGAGCACCUUCUUCCAGGCAUGCACUCAGCUGGAACGCGGACUGGAUGCACUGCGUCAGCAGCGGCGGCGCAACAGCGAGCUGGAGAAGCGUCUGUGCUGGGCCACCGAAAUCGCAUACGAUCGCAUGGACGAGAUUCGGAACGCGGUUGGCUCGGAUCCGGAAAAGAACUUCUGAAUAGGUGACAUGUAAUUACAUUUUUGGUUCGCCCUAAGGUUCAUUACCCGCACACACACACACAUGCAAACACGCACAGGUGCAAUACAUAUGCGUUUAUCCCACACUCACGGGCGAU